AUGUCGUUAACAAAUUGCCGUUUCUAUGAGGAGAAAUUUCCGGAGAUUGAUAGCUUUGUGAUGGUGAACGUGAAGCAGAUUGCAGAGAUGGGCGCAUACGUUAAGCUUUUGGAAUACGACAAUAUUGAUGGAAUGAUCUUGCUUUCAGAGCUGUCGAGAAGACGUAUCCGAAGCUAUAUCGAUCUUUCUAAACGAAGAGUAUCCCCUGAAGACGUCAUCAAAUGCGAAGAACGAUACAACAAGAGCAAACUAGUCCACUCAAUCAUGCGUCAUGUAGCGGAGAAAACAAAGACCCCUAUGGAAACACUUUAUUCAGAGAUUGGUUGGCCACUGAAUAAGAAAUUUGGUCAUUCUAUCGAUGCGUUCAAACUCUCCAUCACAAACCCAAGUGUGUGGGAUGACGUAACAUUCCCUAACCAGGUGGUCAAGGACGAACUGCAAAGCUACAUCAGCAAAAAGCUUACACCCCAUCCCACCAAAGUUCGUGCGGACGUAGAGGUCACUUGCUUCAGCUAUGAAGGCAUUGAUGCUGUUAAGGAUGCCCUCAGGACUGCAGAAUCAAACAACACGCAAGAUGCGCAGGUCAAGGUCAAACUUGUGUCGCCGCCACUAUAUGUGCUAACAAGCCACUGUUUGGACAAAAACCAUGGAAUUGCGGUGCUGGAGGAGGCUAUCAAGAGCAUCAGUGAUAGAAUCCAGGCGUCUGACGGGGCCCUUGUGGUUAAGAUGGCGCCCAAGGCUGUCACCGAACAUGACGAUGCGGAACUGCAAGCGUUGAUGGACAAGAGGGAACGGGAAAACCAGGAAGUUAGCGGGGACGAGGACAUGAGCGAGAGCGAUGAGGGUAUCGUCGAUAUGUGA